AUGGGUGAGGGCUACGAAUAUGAUAUUAUUGUGGACGGGCCCGAUUCGAACUACGUGAAACUGGUGAGCAGUGACGGGCACGAGUUCUUCGUCAAGAGGGAUAAUGCCCUCAUUUCUGGCACUAUCAAGGCUAUGCUCAGCGGCCCGGGCACUUUCACGGAAAACGAGGCGAACGAAGUGAUUUUCCGCGAGAUUCCGUCUCACGUUCUCGUGAAAGUGUGCAACUAUUUUGCGUACAAGACGCGAUACACCAAUUCGGCGGCCGAGAUCCCCGAAUUCAGCAUCGAACCCGAUGUGGCGUUGGAGCUAUUGAUGGCCGCGAAUUUCUUGGAUUGC